ACCAGCGCUGGCGUAUGAUUUGUUGUCGCCCAAUGUUUUGUUUACCAACACAAAGUGGUCGCAAUGUCAGUUUAGUUUGUUAUGAUAAUCAUUUUUUUCGAGAGCAAUUUGCAAAAUCGUUGUUCUGUGUUGUCUGUGUCGUUGGCCUAUCUAAAAUGAGAAUGAGGAACAGAACUACACUUCCCGACAAUAAACCAGAUGUAGGCGAUGGAAUUACACCAAGCGGCAACAAGCGCCAUUACAACCGGAAGACGGUAAUGUGUCGAUUAUGUUUGCGGCUGCUACCGAAAGAAGAUUUGCCCGAAAUUUUUGCUCCAAGCGGUUGCACUCACAAAGCAAUACAGGCGGCAGUUUCCAUUCAGGUGCAGAAAAAAGAUCGAUCGAUUCGGAUAUGCCAUUGCUGUCUGGAUAUAAUCUACUUGAUAAAUGACUUUCGAAAAAUUUGCGAACGCACGGAAUUGCUGAUUUCGCAGAAUGUGGAUAUUUCCGCCGAAGCGUUCUGGUCGGACGAAGCCGACCGCAAGCUGUUUGAAAAAUGUCGAACUCUGGUCGAACAGUGCCAAACAGAAGUGGAUCGAUUGUUCAUCGCACAAUCCCUGGUUUAUUGUGAGGUCCAAAAAGAGGAUCUGAUCGAUGAGUCCGUUGAUCCACCAGAGCCAUCAGAGCUUGUUAUUGAGCAUAGUUCUCCCGCUUUCAAGCAAGAGAAGGAUGAAGAUGAUGAUAUAAAGGCGGAAGAUGAAUCGGAUAAUGGUAAUACUUCAGUGAAAACGGAAGACGACAUCGAGGCCGAUUUUAGCGACACUGGCUCACAAAAUCUUGAUUGUGAAGAGAAAAAGGAACCGGAGGGUGCCAUAAUUGAAGACGAGAAGAAAAGCGAGUGGGAAACGAAAAUCAAUCGCAAAUCGAAAGAACCAAAAGAUCGCCCAAGGCGUCGAGGCCGUCCGGCCCUACCAGAGGAAAUGCUGAAACGAAGACGGCGGAAACCUGGCGAACCGAAGCAGAAACCUGGGCCGAAGAAUCGUGCUAAACUUCCCACUCAAUCGGUUUGUGAAAUUUGCGGCAUGUUGGUUAAUCGAGAAAACGAGGAACGACACCGGAAUGAACAUCUCGGACAUCGGCCCUACGCAUGCACGGUUGAGGGAUGCACUCAUUCUUUCUCGAGUAAGGCUGGAUUACACGGACACUUGGCUCGGCAUGCGGACCGGAACAAUGUGUACGACUGUGACAUUUGUGGGGCGAAAAUAAAAACCAAAAGUUCACUUCAUCGGCACCGAAAAAUGCAUACGACAGAGAAGCCACAUGCGUGCAAUAUAUGCGGGAAGCGAUUCUGGCGGAAGAGUUAUCUUAAUCAUCAUGCCACGGUUCAUACGGGUAUUGCAAAGUUCCCCUGCGAGUAUUGUGGGUUCGUAUUUAAGAACAAGUAUUGGCGAUCGUUUCAUAUCAAACAGAAACACGUGGCAAAGGGUGAAAUGCCAAAGUUUGAGACACAGGAUGAGAUUGAAGAGCUCGGUGAGAUUCCUGAGGAGGCAGUACCUGUGAUGAACGAAGAAUAUGCUUAAGCAAUGUGUUUUAAUUAUAUUUGUAAUAUAUUAUGAAAGAGGCAAAUGCUGA